AUGGCUGAAGUAAAAGUUACCUCCGCGAGAUCAGCGACUGACCAAGCACGAGACUACCUAGAAGAUCGUCUUGGCACAGCAGAUGACUCCCAGAGUCUCAAGACCUUCACGAUACCAGUAAUCGAUAUUGCAUCAUCCUACUCAGGUUCGCUCAAGGAUCGAAAAGGGGUGUCCCGACAAAUCAGAGAGGCAUGCGUCUCGAGCGGCUUCUUCUAUGUCAAGUCCCACAACAUCACUCUACAAGCCUCGCGAGACAUACUAGCUCACUCGAAGCGCUUCUUCCACACGCUGUCAGCCGACCAGAAGAACGCCCUGCAUAUCAGCAAAUCCAAAUACGGCUAUGGCUGGGAGCCCGCCGACGCAACGAGCAUCUACGGCGACGCCGAGCAAAAAGAAGCUUUCAACUGGGGCUACGAAGCCGAUUUAGAUCCGGAAGUUCGCGACAAUCAUUCACACGUCCAGCUCGACGGGACGAAAUCCGACAAAGUCAACCAAUGGCCAGCAGAAACCGCCUUAUCAGGUUUUCGCAACGCCAUCAAAACAUAUCAUCAACAAGUUCUCACCCUCGCACGACACCUCUAUAAACUGCUCGCACUCUCCUUGGAUUUACCAGAAAACUACUUCAACCCCAUGAUCACCGACCCAAGUGUAACAGGCCGCCUGAUGUAUUAUCCCCCUGCUUCUGCCAAAAAAGAACCUAGACAGCCCUUAUCCGACGACGACGACAAGGACGACCUCACAAUCGGAUUAGGAGCUCACUCCGAUUAUCAAUGCUUCACCAUCCUCCUCCUCGAUUCUUCGACUACCCCCGGCGGGCUGGAAAUUUUGUCUCCCAUUACAGGCGCUUGGAUCCAAGCUCUCGCGGUUCCGGAUACGUUGAUUGUGAAUAUUGGCGAUAUGAUGAUGCGGUGGACGAAUGGGUUGUAUCAGAGUACUGUACAUCGAGUCAUUAAUACUUCUGCCGAGGAGCGAUUUAGCGUUCCGGUGUUUUUUGGGGUGGAUAAUGAUCAGGUUGUUGAGACUUUACCAAGUUGCAUCACACCCACAAGUCCUUCAAAGUACCCUCCUAUUAAAGCUGGCGAGUAUAUCUUGCAACGUCUAGCAGCUACGCGUUCCGCUUCAUGA